AUGGUAGGCUCUCAGCGAAAGAGUAUUCAUUCGUACACUCUUCCAAGGCUAAUCAGGCGAAGCAGUUAUGAGAAAGGAACUUUUGUUGCGAACCACCAACCACUCUGCAUUUCAAAAUAGCGUGUACCUGCUGGGAUUCCUGCGGUUUGCAAAAUUUCAGCUCAGUAGUAGAGCCAACAUCAGUAACGUAAGGCCAUUUAAAGGGAGGAGAACUAACUGUGCCGCUACUAGUGUGCAUUCGAACAGAAUGGAAGUGACGUACCUAUCCCAAUCGCUAGCACAAACGAUUGACAACGAGUUGAUGAGUGACGAUGUUGGGUACACCACCGAGCAGCUGAUGGAGUUAGCCGGACUUUCCAUUGCUCAGAUAAUAUGUAGGGAAUACAGUUUGGAUAGAUUUAAAAAAGUUCUCAUAUUUUGUGGGCCAGGUAAUAAUGGGGGCGACGGUUUAGUGGCGGCUCGCCAUUUGAAGCAUUUUGGCUACGACGUCACAGUCGCUUAUCCGAAGGAGAAAACGAAGGUGUUGUUUCAGAGGCUGCUGAAGCUGCUGCAGCACUACCACGUGCCCGUCGUGAAGUCCGCAACAGGUGAAGAUUUGAAGCUGUACGAUUUGGUCGUGGAUGCCUUGUUCGGCUUCAGCUUCACAGGAGAACCUCGGAGCCCCUUCGACGAGAUAAUCCACACCAUUAACCAGAGCAACAAGCCCGUCGUGUCGGUGGACGUUCCAUCGGGCACGAACAUCGACGGGGGCAGCGCAGCAAACGCCCUUUCCGUCAACUCCGAAAUGAACAUAUCGCUGAUGCUUCCCAAGGAGGGGGUGCGCCAUUACGGAAAGAAGCACUACUUGGGUGGUAGAUUCAUCCCGAAUUCCAUCGUGGAGAAGUACAACUUGAAGGUUCCCCAAUUUGCAGGGGAUAACUCAUAUGUGCAGCUGUAAGCGGUUGGGGCUACUCGGGGACGUUGCUUCCCACCACACGGCGCUGCAUAGCAGUAUGGUGUGAUACGUUGUGGUGUGACUUUUU